AUGGUCAGUCGUCGUCCGUCCGUCCCCCAUGUGAAGACGUCUCAAAAAGAAGAAAGGGAAGGAAAAAAAAACCAGAACGGCCAGGGGCCAGCAAAGCAGACGCACACUUGUCCGUCGGUCAAAGUUGCGGCACUGUAUAGUGGUACCUCGGGAGAAACAACAUCUGUGCUGAGGGAUUUUCCGUGCGGUGGUGCCCAAGCAAUCGAGGUAAACGCCGACUCCAUCCUCCGGCAUGGCGAGGCUCCCAUGCACAACGCGCCUCCAUCAUCUCUUGUCAAUGAUCCAUCGGCAGCGCCAUUUCAAGCCGACCAUCGGGGCUUGCUAUAA